AUGACAUUUCAUCUGAAAAAACAGUUCCUUGUGUCAGAAUCUGCCCUAAACAAGGUUUUGUCUGUGUGUAGAACAUGUGGAGGACAUUGUGAAAAUGUUGUCAAGUUUGCUAAAGGGACAAUGGUGUGUGUGGCCUCGGUUUGUUCUCAAGGUCAUGUGUUUGAAUGGAAAAGUCAGACAUGCCACAAUUCUAUGCCAUGGAGUAACCUACUUGUGUCAUCUGCUGUGUUUUUUAGUGGGGCAAGCUUUUCAAAAACAGUGCAAAUUUUUAAUAUCAACCUACAAAUGUUCUCCAUGAGGACUUUCAUGACCAUUCAGUCUGCAUACUUGGUACCAGCAACAAUUAAUGUAUGGGAGACAACUCAGGCUGAGAUGCUGGAGAAACGUGUAGGUCAAAGUUUAACUUUAGGAGGAGACUGCCGAUGCGACUCCCCAGGUUACUCCGCAAAAUAUGGGUCGUAUUCCCUCAUGGACCUUCAGACGAAUGAAGUCCUGAAUGUACAACUGGUACAAAGUAAUGAAGCGAGGGGAUCAACUCACAUGGAGCUUGAAGGCCUCAAACGGUCAAUUAGCCACCUGGAGGAGAAUGACAUCAGCCUCAAAAAUUUGGUCACUGACAGACAUGUGAUGGUAAAGAAGUUCAUGAGGGAACAACAUCCUAACACUGACCAUUACUUUGAUGUGUGGCAUGUUGCCAAAGGCGUUACAAAGAAGCUAAAGAAGCUUGAAGGAUGUGCUAAAAAGAAAGGAGGAGAGGUUAUUCGACCUUGGAUCAAGUCAGCCAGCAACCAUAUGUACUGGACGUCCAUGUCUUCAGGCGAUGACUGCGGCCUAAAGAGGGCUAAGUGGAGCUCCCUGGUGAACCAUGUUGCUGAUAAACAUGAAGGUCACUCUGAUCUCUUCCCACAUUGCCAACAUCAUCCCACUGAUAGAGAUUGGCUAGAAAAAGGAUCCAGACCUCACAAGAUGUUGACAGCAGUUGUUCAGAGUCCAUACCUGAUGAAGGACAUUGGGAAGCUCUCUCCUGUCCGUCAAACAUAUGGACUAGAAGUGUACCACAAUAUUGUGAAUCACUUCGCCUCUAAGAGCAACCACUACUUCUACACAUCAAUGCUCGCCAGAUUGUACCUUGCAGCCAUGCAUUACAACGAGAACAGCAACAACGCCAAGGUAGUGACCAAAGAUGGACAACAGAAAUGGCAUAUAUCAUUUCCAAAGGCAAAGAAAGGAAGUGAAGUCGUCGUCAAACCAUGCAAGACUCCACCUACAUAUGGCUAUGUUGCAUUGCUAUUGCAAGCUGCCAUUGACAGAAGACUUGAUGUCCCCAACCACCUAGCUGCAUCACAGGAAGGGAAAGAGAUCAUGGGAGAGAUACCUUCACCUAUCACUCACUCAUUCGUCGCUGUUGACAAAAGUGAACUCAUUCAAAACCACCGAUCACGCUUCUGUUAAUAUUAGU